ACCUCUGUCCCUCCCCAGAACGCCGGCAGCUACUCGGCCGCCAUGACGGAGCCCAAGUCGGUGUGUGUGUCCGUGGACGAGGUGGUGUCGGGCAUCGGGGAGCCCUCGGAGACGGACCUGCUCAACGACCGUCUCAAGAAGGUGGACAACGGGCUGCUGGAGGCUCAGCGCUUCUCCUCCCUGCCACGCCGGGCAGCCGUCAACAUCGAGUUCAAGGACCUGUCCUACUCCGUGCCCGAGGGGCCCUGGUGGCGCAGGAAAGGCUACAAGACCCUUCUCAAGGGCAUCUCCGGCAAGUUUGGCAGCGGGGAGCUGGUGGCCAUCAUGGGCCCCUCGGGGGCCGGCAAGUCCACCCUCAUGAACAUCCUGGCUGGGUACAGGGAGACGGGCAUGAAGGGUUCAGUCCUCAUCAACGGGCAGCCCCGGGACCUGCGCUGUUUCCGGAAGGUGUCCUGCUACAUCAUGCAGGACGACAUGCUCCUGCCUCACCUCACGGUGCAGGAGGCCAUGAUGGUGUCUGCUCACCUGAAGCUGCAGGAGAAAGAUGAAGGCAGGAGAGAGAUGGUCAAGGAGAUCCUGACAGCCCUGGGCUUGCUGCCCUGUGCCGACACGCGGACGGGCAGCCUGUCGGGGGGCCAGCGGAAGCGCCUGGCCAUCGCACUUGAGUUGGUCAACAACCCCCCGGUCAUGUUCUUCGACGAGCCCACCAGCGGCCUGGACAGUGCGUCCUGCUUCCAGGUGGUGUCCCUGCUGAAGGGGCUGGCCCAGGGCGGCAGGUCCAUCAUCUGCACCAUCCACCAGCCCAGCGCCAAGCUCUUCGAGCUGUUCGACCAGCUCUAUGUGCUCAGCCAAGGCCAGUGCGUGUACCGGGGGAAGGUGUCAAACCUCGUCCCCUACCUGAGGGACCUGGGCCUCAACUGCCCCACCUACCACAACCCAGCAGACUUCGUCAUGGAGGUGGCGUCCGGCGAGUACGGAGACCAGAGCAGCCGCCUGGUGAAAGCCGUGCGGGAGGGCAUGUGUGACACGGACUUCAAGAGGGAGCUUGGGGACGCCGCCGAGAUGAACCCCUUCCUCUGGCACCGGCCCUCCCAAGAGGACUCCGGCUCUGUGGAAGGCUGCCAUAGCUUCUCUGCCAGCUGCCUCACCCAGUUCUGCAUCCUCUUCAAGAGAACCUUCCUCAGCAUCGUGCGAGACUCGGUCCUGACGCACCUGAGGGUCACCUCGCACAUCGGCAUCGGGCUGCUCAUUGGGCUGCUCUACCUGGGCAUAGGCAACGAGGCCAAGAAGGUGCUGAGCAACUCCGGCUUCCUCUUCUUCUCCAUGCUCUUCCUCAUGUUUGCCGCACUCAUGCCCACCGUGCUAACCUUCCCCCUGGAGAUGGGCGUGUUCCUGCGUGAGCACCUCAACUACUGGUACAGCCUGAAGGCCUACUACCUGGCCAAGACAAUGGCCGACGUCCCCUUCCAGAUCAUGUUCCCCGUGGCCUACUGCAGCAUCGUUUACUGGAUGACGUCCCAGCCAUCCGACGCCCUGCGUUUCGUGCUCUUUGCUGCCCUGGGGACCAUGACCUCGCUGGUGGCCCAGUCCCUGGGGCUGCUCAUCGGGGCGGCCUCCACGUCCUUGCAGGUGGCCACCUUUGUGGGCCCGGUGACGGCUAUCCCCGUGCUGCUCUUCUCCGGCUUCUUCGUCAGCUUCGACACCAUCCCCUCCUACCUGCAGUGGAUGUCGUAUAUCUCCUAUGUCAGGUACGGCUUCGAGGGUGUGAUCCUGUCCAUCUACGGCCUGGACCGGGAGGACCUGCACUGUGACAUCCAGGACACGUGUCACUUCCAGAAGUCGGAGGCCAUCCUGCGGGAGUUGGAUGUGGAGAACGCGCAGCUGUCACUGGACUUCCUGGUGCUGGCUGUGUUUUUUGUGUCCCUGCGGCUCAUCGCCUACCUGGUCCUGCGCUACAAGAUCCGGGCCGAGAGGUAGAGGUGGCGAGGCGGGGCCGGGGCUGCCCAGGGACCCGGCCCGAGUGAGCGAGGCCCGCGGCAACGGCGGCGGGAGCUGUGGCGGCUACGGGGGGGCUGCGGCACUGGACAGGCGAUGGCUUCCAGAAGCUUCUCUCCGGCCCCCGUGAGGUGCCCAGCGAGCCUGUUUCCUUGUGUCGGCUUCUGCCCGUCUGUCUGUCCCCUGCCAGCACCAUCCUCUUCCAAAGCAGGGCUGCCCUUUCGAUUCUGGAGAAAGCGGGUCUUCUGACACUUGCGGGAGGCGGCAUGUGACGCAGGGUGGGGUACAGGCUCUGGCCAGGGCUGGGGGUCCUGUGUGGAGCCUGGUCUGGGAGGGGGGCUCUGGGCCUCGUGCCGUGCGAGGACGUGUGUCCAUGUGGGACAGAGCCUCCGUCUCACACCUGGUCUUCAAGCGAAAUACAAGUUUCUUUGUAUCCUGCCUAGCGGCUGACUUGACCCCUGCAACUUCCAGGCUCGCCCAGACUUGGGGUCUGUCUGUCAGUCUGUCCGCAGACGUGUCCUCUUCCCUCCUGCCAAUUAGCUCCCUGGAACCCGGCCAGCUGGGGGGAGUUUCAGGGCUGUGGGGGGCUGCUGGGGUCUUUGCAGGAAGCUGGGGAGACUUGGUUUCAUCAGACCAGACUCUCUCGGAUUAAGCCCGAUGGCCGCCCAUGGUGACCCAACCCUCUGGGCUGCACCCCUCCUGAAAGCCGGGCUUUGCGCCCCAAAUUCCUGUGGGGGGAGCCUGACAGCCCUCAGGUGACAGCCAGUGACCAGAGCGCAAGGGGACCCGCCUGGAAGGAGCCAGGGUGGCUCUGCCCUGCAGCCUGGCCUCGCCCUGGAUCCGGGCCGGGAUGGAAGGCUGUGGACAUGGUUCAGCUCCACUGUGUCCCCAGGCCUCCUGCCCCGUCUUGCCUCUCACCUUCACGAGGACUUGGCCUGCUGGACCGGCUGCACCUCCCUCCCUGUCUCCUUCCCUCCCUCCCUGUCUCCUUCCCUCUCUCCCUCCCUCUCCUUCCCUCCCUCUCCCUCCCUCUCCCUCCUUCUCUUUCCCUUUCCCUCCCUCCCUCUCCCUCCCUCCCUCUCUCCCCCUCUCUGUCCCCUACCCGAUGCAAAAUCAGUGCACGCAGUACCAGCCCAGCCCGUACACUCCGGGUCGCCUGUGGGUGGGGGCAGCUUCCCGUGACAAGCCGGGCAGGGCCAGCGUGUGCACCGUGCUCUACGAGGCCGGGCCACCCGCCCCAGACCCUGACGCCCGCCUUGCCGUGUGCCCCCCAGGAUCUCUUUGUAUGCACAAUGCACAUUUUUUGCAGAUUUUGGCUUUGUUUUCUGGAACUAGAUGCCACUGAAAACCUGUGACACAGACCCAAUAAAGCAGCCAGUUUUCAGA